AUGGCGCGGACCCUGAGACCCGACGACAUCAACCCCCGGACGGGGCUGGUGGUGGCUCUGGUCAGCGUCUUUCUGGUGUUCGGCUUCAUGUUCACCGUGUCCGGCAUCAAGGGAGAGACGCUGGGGGACAUCCCGCUGCUGGCCAUCGGGCCGGCCAUCUGCCUGCCGGGCAUCGCCGCCAUCGCCCUCACCAGGAAGACCGACGGCUGCACCAAAUGUCCCGAGAACAUGCGUCCGUGCUGUAAGGACGUCAAGGACCGGGAUGUCAUGGAGCUGCUAAGGACCCCCUCGGACCUGGAGUCUGGCAAGGGAAGUUGUGACGAGCUGGCCAGGAAAGCUUACCGCAAGGACAGGAGAGGGCUGAGGGGAGAGGACACCGUGUUCAUCUGCACCUCCGGCACCACCGCCGCUGCCACGGCAGAGUGCAAGAACCUCACCAAAAAGGUGGAGCAGGAGAAGAUGCUGAAAUACCUCGAGAGCUGUUACCCAGAGAUGCCAGAGAAUGUGUUCGUGGGAGAUGGCUCCACAUACAGUGCCUUGGAGAAGAAGAGCUCUUCUCCCAGCAGGGACAGCACUCCUUGCCCUGACGUUGAAGACAACAUUUUUGUGGCUCCUAAAGAUAGUAUCAUUGUCUGUUCUUACAAGGAUAGCAGCCCUUAUGACAGGUACUGUUGUUACAUAAACCCCACUGGAGUCAACUCAGACCAGGAGACCAUUGUGUGA